AUGGAUCUGGACGCCCCGCAAAGCGGUCAACCCAUGGAUCCGGAUGACCUCGGACCCAUGCAGACUCUUUCUCACGGCCUCAAGCGUACAGCUUCAAACCGCGACGACAACAACGAGGAUAGCCUCAUGGAUGGCGAUGCCAUCAUGCUUGAGGCAUCGGCCGGGGCACAGCCAAUCAGCCCCAGGAUUACACUGCGCGCCAAUUCGCGAGCUGGACAACCUCCCGUAGUGAUCGACCUUACCGGGAGCGACAACGAUGAUGAUCUCAUGAUCAUCGACCCCCCGGCAGCGGAGUUGAGUGACAAGCCGUACCCCAAGCGGCUCAAACUCGCCCAAGCGACAUGGACACAACCCACCAUUCAGCCGCAGGCACGGCACUUGGUUGACUUCUUCACGCUGCCGCUCGAGGUCCGCGACAAGAUCUACCGCCUGCUGCUCGUCUCGCAGGGGCCCAUUCACGUCAGGCAACUCUGGACCGAACGGAUCCGCCGUCCUAGUCGCCGUCAUAGUAAGAGCGACGACCUCCAGACCCGUAUCGACACUGCCAUCCUGAGUGUAUGUCGUCGCACCGCCGCCGAGGGUACCCGCAUCCUCUAUUCCGAAAACACCUUUCUCUACCAACUGCGAGACCACGCUGAGCAGUGCUGGCCUCGAAGCGAGUACCGAGGCCAGAAAGACCAGGCGACACGCAAGAUCAGCCUGAAGAAGUACGGCCAUCUUCUGCGCCACAUGGCUAUCGAGCUGGAGCCAAACCGUACUGACGAAGCAUAUGAGCGGCUGAUGGCAGCCGCGCUUGGGACGCUCACGGCCCGGCCCAACAACGUAAGGGACAACGACCACCUUCUUCCAGACUGCGGCCCCAUCCACCUCCGCACGUUCACCAUCACCAUCUCGCCGCUGUGGGAGACCGCCAAAAACGGGUCCCGCUUCCUCAGCGUGAUAAGCUUCUUCAGCCAGGGGAGCGACGUGCUCAAGCAGCUGCAGCGCAUCCACGUUGACUUCCUGCGAAUCGUCGUCCACGUCAACUCGCACAUCAAGCUUUACGGCAUUAACGGUCGCAAAAUCGCCCAACCCGACCGUCAUCCCAGCGAGAUGCGGUACGACCUUGAGAUGACCCUCGACCUGCGCUGCCUCUCCGAUCCGAGCCACAAGAAAUCGGACGACGAAAUAGGGUUCCUCUGGCAAAACGACCAUCUCAUCCGCGAAGCACGCCAGCAACAGGCCGACAAGAUGGCUGAAACGCUCCGAAACCUGCGCAGGCACAUCGAGGAGGCCUGCGUGCGGCCCGAUAAGGCUCAUCUGGAGGGUAAGCUGUGGGAGAAUCACACUGCGGCGGUGCAGCGGCGAAGGGAGGAGAGAGCUCGGCUGGAGGCGCGCUUGAACGGUGAUAACUUGACGGUUAAGGAUGACGAUGAGGAGGAUGGAGAGGAGGACGAGGAUUGGAGGAUUGGCGGGGAGAAGAAGAUCCUAAUCAUUUCUUUUGUCGAAAUCGGUGGGCAGAAGCGUGCUUAUCGUCCUUGA